UGCGCUAGCAAGCAGAAAAGUUGUGGCAGUCGAUUUUAGCUACUCGUUGCUGAAAGCCAAAGCCAAAAUCAACUCGACCGUUACGUACGAAGCACGAAAAUCGAAAACCACCACUACCAAGCGACCGAGGAUGAUGACCCACUUUUCGGAAUUUUCGCAUUAAGAAAUAGCAAUCUUGGUGUUAGGUUCAGAAAGAGUUUAGCGUUAAAAUUAAGUGUAAAUAUUUGUGUAAAUAUAGAAAAGUGAAGCUUUAUAAUUAAUAUCAGUUUAAUAAGCUAACAUAAAAAAUAAAAGCAAAUGAAGCAGAGGUAAAACGACAGAAGAUGCAGUAGAGGAAUACACAUUGGAAAAUCAGCAGGCAGAAAAAUUCGCUCUAUACUACAAAGUCACCCCUGACUCCGCAAUCCAGCGCAGCAGUAGGCGUAACAGCAAAAGAUGUGGAGCGUCAAUGGAGCACCAGCGGAGCGCUAGCAGAGGCUAUACAGAAAACUGCUGGUACGAAGUUUUAUAAAAAUCGGUCACAAUGCUGCUUUCAUGGUUGCGCGAGUGAAAAUGUGCUAAAAAUGUGCUUUCUGCAAAAUAUUGAAUGAAAUGGGCUCGAAGUAAAAAAUUAUGUAGUUAGAAAGAAAAGUGUAUCAAUUGCGUAAAUGUAUAAUCUUUUUUUUUUGGAAAAUAAGUAUCCGACGAUGUUGACGCUUAACGUUAAAAAAUAGAAACAUGAGUUAUUAGCUCUGAAUGAAUAAAUACAUAUGUACGUAUUUAAAUAAGGUGUGAAAAUUGUAAUACCCAUUGAAAUGCAUUUAUGAAAAGUAUCUAUAUUCCUCCGAAAUGCAAAUGUAAACGAGUCAAAUCAGCACCGUACAAAUCCACGGAGUAUAAUAAAAUAGCGAAAAAAUUACAUAUGUAUGUACGUGUGUUCUAAUUUGGGGCACCACUCAUUCGUGUAUAAUUAUAAUAAAGGAACAGAUAAUAAUAAUAAUAAUAGCAAUACACAUAAUCGAAAUACAUAUAAAAAUAUUAUUGAAUUUACGAAGUAGUUAAAAUAUCGAUAAUAAAAAGGCAACUUGCAAAUAAACGUGCAACUACUUUAGGAGUGGGUGCGAAGGAGGGUUAAACUUUCCAACGCCGAAAAAGCAUAUCGACACGCUAACGUGGAGGAAGUGGAAGUGAAGGGUCAGCAGGUGGCACAUUUUAAAGAGGGACAAAUACACACACAUAUACAUCCACGCAAACGAGAGCGCAAGGAGCCGUGCAGCUGGAUGAUAAGCACGUAAGCGACGGCAAAGGCGUUCUACUUGAUUGCGUUGACGUUCGCACGCUCACACAAUCACACACGCCAACACGCUCGCAGGCACAUUUUAUAAUUGCAAGCGCUCGUACACCAUCGGCUUCGCCUUUAUAGUAUUGGUUCAUUGCCUGUCGGUUGACUGGCGAAAUUUAUUGUUGCUUGUUAAAGCAAAUCGCAUAAAUGAUUUCAUACGACCAGCAACGGAUGGGGCAACAACAAAAACAUCAACCGAAUUUACGGCAACAGCAAGAAGGUAACAAAAUCACGAAGAACGUCAAAAUCACCAAUAACAAAAGGACCAGCAAUAACAACCACAACAUAUAUAACUAAAGCAAAGCAAAACGUAACAACCGCAAAGUCGUAAAAAUUCGCUAAAAUGCCGUACGAGUCAAUGCACCAUCAUCAGUCAUCAGCGCCCAACGGCAUGUUGGACUCAUUGAGUUUGCAGCUCCGUGAUGCGGAGAUGCGCCGCACUGAAAUUGAGCGCGCACACCAGGAAACGUUGGUACAAAUACGCAAUAUGUCGAGCAGCAGUCGCCCGGACACAGAAGCUGUUGAGAAUCUGCAGUCGCGCGCGCGUGAACUUGAGAAAAAAGUCGCUUUGGAAAAUGUACACUGCGAGGAAUUGCAAAUUGAAUUAACGUCCGCAUUGAAGGCGAAGGCUGCGCGUUCAGGCGGUGGCGACCGAGGCAACUAUGGCGGCAUUUCAGCAUCAAGCGCAAGUGCUUCUUCAGCGGCCGCCAUAUCGGGCACAAGUUCCACAGUCACGUGGGCACCGACAAUCAGUCAUCAGGACCAAGGCUCUGAAAUCGAUAUCAUUAUGGCGAAAAUUGAACAGGAUAAUCGCGUAUUGGCCGAGCUGGAGCAGCCACGUACAUCGGCCAAGGGCAUGUCGUCGAUGCCAACAAGUUCCAUAUUGAAUAACACAAAUAGUGAAUUUCAAACCAUAUCAAAAAGCGAAUUAGAAGAAGAGUUGAACCGUUAUAAGCGAGCAGUGUUGGGCGGCACAAGCGGCACCGCCGUCGGUAGUUCGGCGCUCACCAGCAGCUAUGGUACCGCAGCCACCACCGGCGCUGGUGGCCUACCCUCAUCGCUUACCUCCACACUGCCGAAUGGCGCUAGCGCCAUGUCAGCCGCAUUAGUUGGUAGUGGAGGCAGCGGCGGUGUUGGUGUUGGCGUUAGUGGAGGUGGUGGCAGCAGUGUCGGCAGUGGUGGUGGUAGCGGCGGCAGUGGUCCAGGCGGUGGCAGCGGCGGCGGUGGUGUUAUGGGCCUCUCAUCUAUAUCAGCGCUGGUGCCCAACUCCAUUGGCGGCAUAUCGUCGAGUUUGAGCAGUCAUGCUAUACAGUCGAUGAACACGGCCGCGUCCGCCUAUGGCGCUGGUCCCACGUCCGUUGAGAAACUGCUAAGCGGAACAAGUGGAAUCGCUGGCGGCAUUCCACCAUUGCCGGUAAAUAUUCAUACGAUGAAGUCUAUGCCAUCAGCAUUAAGUCAGCGUGGCACAAUACAACUGUAUAAUUUACAGAGCACAACCAUGCCCAUCUUGUCGUUGAACGCGCAUAACAUACCGACCGGUACGAGCAGUUACUCGGCACUGGGGCUUAGUGGUGCCGGCACUGUUGGAGUGCCGCCGCUGGGCUCGUCGCUGACACACCCCGCCUUGGGUAAUAUGCUCGAUACGAGUACCCUGCUCGGCACUACUGGUUUGUCGGGUUUGAGCGGAGUGGGGGGCGCUUCUUCGUUGUAUGGAUUGGGCGCUGGCCCCGGCAUUGGUGGUUUAAGUGGACUUACCAGUGGUCUACCUAAUUCUUAUGUCCCACCCUUCAUUGACGUGGGUUCGAGCACCUCAUAUCCCUAUUCGUCGGCUGCAUUGCGUACUGCUACAAAAAUGAAAAUGCUCGAUGAGAUUGAUAUACCGUUGACACGUUAUGGAAAUCGCAGCUCGCCGUGCUCACCGAUACCGCCCAGCACGUGGGGACUCGAUGAGUUCACUGAUAGUUUGAGUGCUUCAAUGUUACAUAAUCGUGGCAAUUUGGCGUUGGGGGCAUUGGAUUUGGAAACACGAAAUCAUAAUUUAAAUGGCGUUAGUGAACCACAAGUAGACAUGUUGGACAUACCGGGCAAGGGACGAUGCUGCGUUUUCAUAGCGCGUUUUCCAUACGAUCCACCAGAGGAAGCUGAAGGUGAAUUAUCGCUUUGCGCUGGUGAUUAUUUACUCGUUUGGACGAGCGGCGAACCACAAGGCGGCUAUUUAGAUGCGGAAUUGCUAGAUGGUCGACGAGGUCUAGUGCCUGCCUCAUUUGUGCAACGUUUGAUUGGUGAUGAUCUUUUGGAAUUCCAUCAAGCAGUACUGUCGACAUUGCGUGACGCCGAGGAUGGUUCUAUGCAAUGUGACACUACUUCGUUGCCCUCGCUGCCACCUCACAACCCUUUGCUCACACACACCCAGGAGGACUUGGCACGUUUGAGUGAGACGCACACAGAUUUGGAACACGACCAGGAUGACAUAAGUGAUAAUGUUCCAGCACCGAAGCACUUAACGUUGGAGCGCCAGCUAAAUAAAAGUGUGCUUAUCGGUUGGUCACCACCGGAACCAGUGGGCUAUAAUCUCAUUGACAGCUAUCAUGUCUAUGUGGACGGCGUCCUGAAAGUAACGGUAAAAGCUAAUGAGCGGACACGAGCGCUUAUAGAGGGCGUAGACUCAAACAGGCCACAUCGUAUUAGCGUGCGUAGUGUUACACAGAAUCGGCAGACAUCACGCGAUGCCGCAUGUACAAUGAUUAUUGGACGCGACACCUCGCAUUUAGGCCCUUCAGCGGUGCGAGCUUCGCAUAUUACGUGUUCAUCGGCGGUCAUAUCAUGGUUACCGGCCAACUCAAAUCAUCAGCAUGUGGUGUGCGUGAAUAAUGUAGAAGUGCGUACGGUCAAACCGGGUGUCUAUCGUCACACAAUUACCGGGCUGGCCCCGAGCACACAAUAUCGAGUCACAGUGCGGGCUAAACACCUGCGAGCAGCGGGUGGUCAACCUACACCGGGACGUCCGCAAGAGGAAGCACCGGGUGCGUAUGCUGAUUUCCGUACGUUGACCAAGGGCUUGCCCGACCCGCCACAGGAUAUCCAACUUGAGGCUGGUCCUCAAGAUGGUACCAUUUUGGUGACAUGGCAGCCGGUUAACCGGCCAACAUCUUCUGGCCCCGUAACCGGCUAUGCUGUGUACGCCGAUGGUAAGAAAGUAACAGACAUUAACUCACCAACUGGGGAUCAUGCGCUCAUCGAUAUCGGCAAACUGGGCGUAUUUAAUCCACGUGCGGUCACCAUACGCACCAAAUCGCGAGACGCACAAUCAGCCGAUAGCGCACCCAUACUAAUACCAAAUACGGUGCGCAGUGCAGUAGGUCGUCGAGGGCCUCAACAAAUGGGCAUGGGUCCGCAACAAAUGCAACCCGGCACCCAUGGCAUGCCCGGUCAAAUGAGCAUGCCCGGUCAACCGCUUCAGCAGCAGCAACAUAUGAUGGGCCAGGAUCCGAAUCAAUAUGACCCAAAUCAACAAAUGCAACACGGACAACAACAACAACAAGCCGGGCAACAGCAAGGGCAACCAGGACAACAGCCUGACGGAAGCCAUGGCUUAUUAGGUGGGCUGCUUGGUGGCCUCUUCUCAAAACCCACUACUCAGAGUCAAGUGAAUCAGAAUGUCAAUGGCUAUCAGCCAGGCACGGGGCAGCGGCCCAUGAUGCAGGGUCGACCACCUGGUCCUCAGAUGAUGGGUGGACAACAACCUGGUCAGCAGCCUUAUGGUCCACAAGGGCAAAUGGGUACACAACAGCGUUUCCCCGGCCAACGUGGACCCGCUCCGGGGCAGAUGCAAGGACAAAUGCCCGGGCAAUUGCAGGGGCAGAUGCAAGGUCAAGGCCAAAUGCCUGGGCAAAUGCAGGGUCAAAUAGCCGGCCAGAUGCAGGGUCAAAUGCCCCUACAAAUGCAAGGUCAAAUGGCCGGACAAAUGCAAGGUGCUAUGGGUCCUCGAGGCCCACUAAAUCCACAACAACAAAUGCAGCAACAGCAACAUCAGCAGCAGCAGCAGCAACAACAGCAACAACAACAGGGACAAAUGGGUAUGGGCCCUGGGCAACAACCAUUAAAUCAACAACAACAAUUGGCGGCACAAAAGAAACCACGUUACUUCGUCGCUAUGUUCGACUAUGACCCAAGCACAAUGAGUCCAAAUCCAGAUGGAUGCGACGAAGAACUGCCAUUCCAAGAAGGUGACACAAUCAAGGUUUAUGGGGACAAAGACGCUGAUGGCUUUUAUUGGGGUGAACUGCGCGGGCGUCGUGGCUAUGUACCGCACAAUAUGGUAACGGAAGUAGAUGAUGGUACCGGUGGUAUGGGCCCAAUGCCGGGCGGACCUCCGCAGCCUGGUGGUCCGGGUCAAGUGAUGCCCGGACAGGGUGGGCCCCAACAAAGUAUGCGUAAUGUAAGUCGCGACCGUUGGGGUGAUAUCUAUGCAAACAUGCCGGUGAAACGUAUGAUCGCGCUAUAUGAUUAUGAUCCGCAAGAGCUGAGUCCGAAUGUGGAUGCGGAACAGGUGGAAUUGAGCUUCAAAACGGGUGAGGUAAUACUCGUUUAUGGUGAUAUGGAUGAAGAUGGUUUCUAUAUGGGUGAACUGGACGGUAUACGUGGUCUUGUGCCGUCAAAUUUCCUCGCCGAAGCACCCGAUCAGUACAACAAUCAAAUGGGACCAGCAGGACGUGGUGGCCUAAGUCAACGGGGUAGAGGACAAGGCCCCGGCGCCAGAGGACCUCCGCCACCGCCUAGAGAUAACAUGAUGCCCGGCAUGACUGGGCAACGUGGUUCCAUAGGCAAAAAUGCUCGCCCUGCUUCCCCUACACUGUUAGACAACACGGGCCUCCCUGCCCCCGAUCACCAAACGCAGGGGAUGAUCGGUCGCGGUGGUAAUGUUGGUAUGCAACAACAACUUCAACAACAACAACCAUAUGGUCAGCAACAGGCACAGCAGCAGCAACAACAAAUGGGUAUGGGUCAAAUGGGGCAACAACAGCAGGGCAUGAUGGGGCAACCACAACAACAACAGCCGAUGGGAGGACAAAUGGGCCAAAUGAACGCUAUGGGUCAGAUGGGGCAGAUGACGCCACAACAGCAACAGCAACAGCAACAGCAGCAACAACAACAACAACAGCAACAGCAACAACAAAUGGGUAUGGGCGGGCAGAUGGGACAAAUGGGCCAAAUGGGUGCGAUGGGGCAGCAACAGCAGGCCGGCAUGAUGGGCGGCCAACAACAAAUGGGCAUGGGCGGUAUGGCGGGGCAACAACAACAGCAGCCGCCCGUAACGACUCAGUCAUCUGGUGGCCUAUUCUCCGGUGCUACAAGCCUACUCUCAGGUGCUACUUCGGCUGCCACCGGUGGUCUAUUUGGUUCGAAACAACCACCGAAACAAGAUCCAAUGCAACCACCAGUCGGUGCGCAGCCAAUGCAGCCAGGCCAACAACAGCCACCGCCGCAAGGACAACAGCCUCCGCCACAGGGUCAGGGACCAGGGGCGGGGCUGUUGGGCGGACUAAAAGGUAUUGCAGCGGCGGCGCCCGGUGGGGAUGUGCUUUCAAAAGGCAAAGAUCUCUUCGGAAAAUUCGGAUUCGGCUUUGGCAAAUAACCCCGGUCAUUUUGUAGGACAUUUCUAUUUAUAUUGUAUCUAAAUUUGUAUUUAUUAUUAACUAAAAGACGAAUACAACAAAAAUCACUACUAUUAUUAUCGCUUACAAAUAUAAAUAGUAAUUACAAAAAUAAUGAAUAUUAUAAAUAUGAUUAUGAUUGUAAAUCAUACAAAGCAAUUGGUUGCAAUGGUGAUUAUAAAAAACUAACGGUACUAGUAUUUUUUAUCACAUAAUAUACAUAAAUUGACAAAAAUAUGCAAAGCGACAAAAAACUGAUAGUAAUAUUUAAUACAAUUAAUCUUUGUGUUUUUCCCCCUUUUUCGCGGGCGAAAAAACAAAGCCACAUUUUACAUACAUACGUACAUACAAUAUGUGUAUAUACCGAGCGGUUAAAAGAUGACCAUGCCAUGGUGUCUUUUGGCACAGAGGCACAAAUAGUUGGUGGGGUCGCCGCCGUAUCGAAUAUGAGAGAAAAUGGCGAUGGCAGAAGAUCUUGCGUGCUUGAAGCGAAAGCGAAAGCGUAUAAAUAAAAUAUGCGGACAUCAACCCAAAUACUGUGAGACAAAACCUAGUAAAAUUUAAGUACACCAAAUUACACGGAAACACACAUGAAUGCCCAAAUCGAUCACAUACACAUAUACAAACAAAAGAGAAAUGUUGAAAAUACCACUUAUAGCUAAGUCAAAAAUGCAAUAAUAUUCAACAAGAAAAACUAAAGAAAUCACCUUGAAUGGCGUUUAUUAAAAUUUAUAUGAAACUAACUCUUAAUAUGUAAUUUAUUUGAAUUCUUCGUGUAUUUACAUACAAACGUACGUACAUAUAUAAAUGCAUACGAUAUGUUAUCUAUACCUAGCUACACAUAUACACACACAUAUAUAAAUAUAAUAACAUACAUACAUACAUACAUAUAUCCAGGCAAUGCAAAUAAAAUUAUACAUACUGCAUACACAAAGAACAUAUAGUACAUAAAGAGAUGAAUAAAUAUUAAUAAUAUUAAAAACUAAAACAAAUUAUAUAUAUAAAUAAAUAUAUGAAUAUAUUUACAAGAAAAUAAUUAUUUGUUACGCACAUUGUUAAAUUUGCUACUGUUGCUGACCAGUUUAUAAAUAAAACAAAAUGAAUAUAUAAAAAAAUUUAAAGUCAAAAAUAUAUGAAGGAAAAAAAUAUGAUAAAAAGUAAUAAAAAUAACAUAUAAUAUAAUAAAAAACAUGCUACUCACUAUGUAUUAUAUGAGUGUAAGGGACAAAAAAAAAGUAUCUAACCUAUAUUAUAUUAUACAUAUUAAAAAAUUAAUGGAAGCGAUGAACCCAAUAUUAAAUUCAAAAGAGGGAAAAUUUCGGAGAAUAAAAAUCGCGGUACAAUGCAUGUGAGAACAGAACACCUGUAAAAUGAUUCGUAAAAACAAAGAAGUGAUGGCUUCAAAACUGCGAAAGUGUACUAUAUAUGUACCAGCUUAUACACACUAAUGUAUAAUAUACAUAUAUACAUACAUAUAUAUAAACAAAGAUAGAAGUGAGUUUGAAUGAUAUAAGAAAUCUGCUUUAAAAGUAACACUUAAACUUAAAUGCUAAUACUUUAAUUGAUACGUACAUACAUACAUACAAAAAUUUAGUUAAAGCUAUUUCCAAUUGAUUAAUACUAAAGGAGUGAGUUUAAAAAAUUUAAUCUAAAUACCAAAAUUUAACAAAACAUUUGUAAAACUAAUGCAAAUUGAUUAAAAACAAUAAAAUAAAAAAUAAUGCUUUUCGUUGGUAAACUGUAAAAGAAACCUAAUUUUUCCUAAUAUUUGUUUAUUCAUGUUUUAAGAUUUGCUUUCAACAUCUGAGCAUCAAUACAGAUGCCAAAGGCAAUUCUAAGCAUUAUAGUUCAAAGUUGAAUUUAUUUGAAAAAUCUCUUGCUAUUUUAUAUAGUUUUUUUCUCAAACAAUAAUCCCUCAGAAUAAAUGUAUGUAAAUUCACUAAUACACAUACACAUUAUAAUAAGCAAAGAAGAUAUACAAGUAUGUAUGCAUGUAAGUUAAAGAAAUUGAAAACCGCGUCCUAACCUCGCAUUUUUUACUUUGCCCCUAGUUGAAUGUUUCUUAUAUUAAAACUUAAACUAGUAGCCAUAUCUUGCGGCAUCUUAAAUAAUCUCUACAGCUCUUACACUUCUUCAUACAAUAAGCAUUUAUGAAUAUUUUAAAACUAUAUUUUUGAUUUCAAAUGUGAUUUGGUGAGAUGGUAAAAACUUGCCAUGAAAGUUACGGGUUUAAAAAAAAAGCUGUUUGAACACGCUUGCUUAUUUUCGAAAAAGAAAAUAACUUUAAAUGUGCUAUAUGCCAUAUAUGCCAUUUGCUUUUUAUAUUAUUUUGCCUUCGACUUCAAAGUUGCAACGUUUCUCUUGAUAAAUGAGACUUCGAAAACAAAAUAUUUUUCUUAGAAACAAAGGUUAAUAUGGAUAAAAUUAUUAGAAUGAAAAAUCUGUGGAUGAAGAUUAACUAACAUUUUUAAUGUCGCGAAAAGCUUCCCAGAUAAACGUGUUGUUGUUUUGUGUUUUCGAAAUUAACGCUAUUUUUAAUUUUGACAUUAUUACCUUUACAUUUUUGCAUUUGGAAGUUAUAAAAAUACUAAGAGAGCUUUUCUAAUGUUUUUUAUUGAUAUUUUUAUAAAUCUUCAUAACGCAGAAAGCUUUAGUAGAAUAUAGAAGUAAGUAUUAAACAAUGACAAGACUUUUCAGCAAUUUGAUUUUUUCGUAAAAAAAUCUGUUUCCAGUUAAUUAUUUAUUAUUUUUCAAUUUCACCGUUAUGCUAAAUAUUAAAGUUUUGAAAUAAUAAAGAAAGCACAAAAUUUCGAAGAACUGUAGGGGAUAAGCUUAGCAUACAUACAUACAAUAUGUAUAUAUUAUUAAACGCGUUCAAAAAUAGCUUUUCAAUUUAAUUUGCUUUCUUAACAUACACAUAAGUACGAGUAUAUGUACAUAUGAUAUUUAGAAAAUAAAUGACAAAAUUAUCUGCCAAUAGCUCUGAUCAAACAAACUGCAUAAAUCUUCGCAUUAAACAAUUCCAUUUUUCAAAUAUUCGCAAAACUUAAGAACCAAAAUACUUUUAUUAUGCAUACAUAUGUACAUAAAAAGAAAUUUAUAAUCCAAGUUGCUACUGUGUAUUAAUAAUAUAAUCUAACAAGAAAGUAAUCCGGCGAAUAUGCAGUUCAAGAUGUUUCUAAUGCAGUAAAUAAUCAAUAUUAUGAAAAUAGCAAGCUGCAACUAAAGAAGUACAUAUAUUAACAUGCUUUCCGUCACCUUCUCACAGCAAAAAAUAGGCAACAUUCUUUAAAAUAAUAACUAAGUGAACAUGCUACUCCAAAAGUAACUGUAAAUGUCAAAGUCAGUAACUUCAUUUCUGGAGAUAAUACUUAAAGCAGUCAUAUGAAAUCAGUUAGAAUAAUAUUUAUGUAAUUAUGUUAUGCAUAUAUACAUACAUACAAACAAUUAGAUAAUGCAUAAAAGAAUUUACAAAAUCACAAAAACAUGAACGAAAAUACCAAAUAUUUUAUGUACCUAUUGUAUUACUUAACAAACAAAUAAAUGAAGCAAUGUAGUAGGGAAAUUGGAAUGGAGAAGUUGGCAAGAAAAGUAAAGCACUGAGACGACAUGUACAGAAGUAAAAGCUACACACAUACCACAUACAUAUACAUACAUGCAUAUAAUUGACAGGAAGCAAGACUUAAGCAAUGCACAACACACUCACUGAUAUACAAAUAAAUUCAACAAUAAUAUUCUCACACUUCCACAAACACACACACAUUAUUUCUGACGCUCAUCAUUUUUCCUUAAAUCUUGAAAAUAAAAAAGAAUCAUUAAAAAGAACCGUUAGAGUAUUACCAUUAUUUGCAUAAUUUAAGCAAAAUUCUUACAAAUCACAAACAAAUACAUACAUAUUGAGCAUAUACACAUGUAAUUGCACUAGCGAUUACAAAAAGCAAUAUGUCGAAAACAAACCUUUCCCAACAACAAAGCAAAACAAUACAAAUAAUAUUCAAUCGUUGACUAUCCAAUGUUGCCCACAAAAUGUAAAACAUGUUUACACCUAAAUUUUUUAUAUACUAAGAGAAUUGUUUAAUAUUCAUAUUUACUUAGUCAAAGCAAAAGCGAUAUGUUGAUAAUAAGCAAUGAAAACUAAAUAACGUAAUAUGUAUAAAUAGGAUUCACAUAUGUAUGUACUUACUCAAAAGUGGUUUACUAAGAAUCCUUCUAAUCACGACCGUUAUUGCCAACUACAUUUCUAAAAUUAUAUUCAUCUUACCACUCACAGCUGGCAGUUAGCUGGCAAGCCAAGCUUUAAAAUUUCAAGAAAUUUAUUUAUUAUGAAAUAAAUGGCAGCAUUUAAACGAUAUCAGCUCAAGAUAUCACACUUACCAAUACUAUUAAACACACACAAACACGUAUACACUUGUUAAAGUCACGCCCACUAGUCAAUAUGUCUACUUACAUACAUAUAUACUCGUUGAAAGCAUAGAACGCAAACUUUACAAAUUCAUACAAACAUACAGAUAUACCAAUCUCCAUAUGUAUGUAAAUUCUCACUUACAAUCAUACAUAUAUACAUAUGUACGUAGUAUUGCAGAUUGUUCACAUGUUUACUUACGCAUACAUACAUACAAUACAGAGAUGUUUACUUACAUACAUAUAUUGCAAUACUUAGCAAAAAUGUCCCUAGCAAAAUUUUGUUUAAUAACUAUUUACUAUGAAAUUAAUAAAUUGCGAAAGAAAAUGUCGAAUACUUUCACAGGUUAUGAACUUAUCACUAACUCAAAAAUAGUCAAAGAAAUUAGGCAAAUAAACGGUGAAUGCAUACACGAUAAUUACAAAUUACAUAAUAUGUAUAAUAAAAAAUAAAUCUAAAAUAAUAACUUUAAUAACGAUGAUGAUAAUGAUGAAACAGACAAUUGUUAUACGGUAUUAUUAUACUUUUUCUAUAACUUAUAAUUUAUUUAAUAAAAGUAAAUGCGAAAAAAUCGUAAAUACAUAAUUGCAAAAAAGAAAAUAUUGCAGAAAAAUAA